AAAAUAGGAAAGAUAAUGAAUGAUUAUGAGAUUAUAGGAAUGGAACAUCUACCAGAAGGACCAGGGAUUAUUAUUUUUUAUCAUGGAACUCUCAACAUUGACUAUGUAUAUUUUAUAUCUAACCUAUAUGUCCAGAAAGGAAGAUUGUGCGUUUCAGUACUAGACAAGGCGCUGUUCCUCAUACCAGGAAUGAAGCUUGUUUUUGAUGUUGCUGGUUGCAUUUCUGGUAGCAAAGCUGAAUGUCUAGAAGUGCUGAAAAAAGGUUAUUUAUUGGGAAUUGCACCGGGUGGAGGAAGAGAAGCAAUCUUCAGUGAUCAGAACUACAGGCUUGUCUGGGGUAAACGCACAGGUUUUGCUAAACUAGCCUUGGAAGCCAAAGUGCCCAUCAUCCCCAUGUUUACACAAAAUAUUCAAGAAUUUUUCAGAGGAUAUGGAAGAAUAGGUAGGUGGCUGAUUAAAUGGUUAUAUGAGAAAAUUCGGAUGAUGUGUCUUCCAAUCCAUGGAGGUUUCCCUGUUAAAUUACGCACAUAUUUCGGAGAACCCAUCCCAUAUGAUCCAAAUAUUACUGCUGAUGAACUUGCUGAAAAAACCAAGGUUGCAAUUGAAAAUCUUCGUGAUCGACACCAAAAAAUACCAGGAAAUAUAUUAAGAGCUGUCUCAGAACGAUUUGUUAAACAUCCCAAGGAUGAUUAG